AUGAAUAACAUUAAAAUUAUAAAAAGUUUAGGCAAAGGUGCACAUUCAGAUGUUUUUUUAUCAAAAGAUAAAGUCACAGGAUUUAUUUUUGCUAUAAAAAGAGUUAAAAAAUAAGAAAUUAUAGAAAUUGGUAUGGAAGAAUAAUUUAUUUAAGAAAUAAAAAUUCAUAUGUAAUUAAAUCACCCUAAUAUUGUAAAACUAUAUGGCUAUAUAGCUGAUUAAGAAUAUUUUUAUUUAUUAAUAGAAUAUUGUUAAGGAAUAUCGUUAAAAUAAUAUGUUAAUAAAUAAUCUAGUAAAUAUUUAUAAGAAUAUGAAGCCGCUUUUUAUUUAAACUAAGUGGCUGAAGCUCUAUUAUAUUUGCAUAAAUAAAAUAUUCUCCAUAGAGAUUUAAAAUUAGAAAAUUUAAUGAUUUUUGAUGGUAUAAUAAAAUUAAUUGAUUUUGGUUAUAGUAGAAAAUGUGAUAUAUUUGAAACAAGAAAUACUUUUUGUGGAACUUUAGAUUACUUAAGUCCAGAAAUUGUUAAUGGAGAAGAUUAUAAUUGCUCUGUUGAUAUUUGGGCUUUUGGUAUUCUCAGUUAUAUGCUUUUAUAGGGUGUGAGUCCUUUUUAUAAAGAAAGUUAAGAUGGAACUAUUGAAAAUAUAUUAAAAGGAUAAUUUUAUUUUUAGAGGAAAAUAAGUAAUGAAGGUCAAGCUUUUGUUAGUAAGCUUUUAAAUUCCAAAUAAGAAGAAAGAAUAAAUAUAAAAGAAUGCUUAUAAUAAUCAUGGCUUAAAAAAUUUGGGAAAGAAAUUAUUAAUUUAGAAAUUUGUUAAUAAAUUAAUAAUAUUCUAUGAAUUUAAAUUUUAUAUUUAUUUUAAUAUUUAUAAAAAAAAUAUAUAUAAUUAAUAAUUUUUUCAUUAUUUUUAAUAUUUUUUUAUAUCAAAUUUAUAUU